GACGCAUUAUACACACACGAAGACCCCUUAGGGUCCUAGACACACAUCUUGAGUUCUGCUGGUGCAUCACUGCAGUUUCAGUGUCCCUUCCACAAAACCCUCUCAUUUCCAACUUCGAAGCAUCCAACCACAUUUUCUUUACAAACGCCACCAUUUUGGAAAUUUAGGGCACUGAAAUCGACGAGAAACUGCUGAAGAACAUCACCUUAUCUAGGGUUAGGGUUUAGUGUAAUUUUUUUUGGAUUUGAGCUAUUUGGUAUUGAAAUGUCUACUUUAACGAGUCACAAAUUGUGCUUGAAAGAUUCCUUUACUUUCAGCCGUCCUCGCUCUGCUUCUCCAUAUGCCUGUAACAGAGUGUAUUUUAGGUGGAGGUCCCCGCAAGCUGCUGCCAUUGCUAAUUUCCAUCUCCCUAUGCGUAGUUAUGAAGUUAAGAACAGGACAAAUGUGGAUGACAUUAAGGCCUUGAGACUCAUUACUGCCAUUAAAACCCCAUAUCUACCAGAUGGAAGAUUUGAUCUUGAGGCUUAUGAUGCAUUAGUGAACAUGCAGAUCAAUGGGGGUGCUGAAGCUGUUAUUGUUGGUGGUACAACCGGUGAAGGGCAGUUAAUGAGCUGGGACGAGCACAUUAUGCUUAUUGGUCAUACUGUCAACUGUUUUGGCAGUAGAAUCAAAGUGAUAGGGAACACUGGCAGCAACUCAACGCGAGAAGCAAUACAUGCUACUGAACAGGGGUUUGCUGUUGGAAUGCACGCUGCACUUCACAUCAAUCCUUACUAUGGCAAGACUUCCAAUGAGGGUAUGAUUGCUCAUUUUGAAAGUGUGCUCUCUAUGGGGCCAGCCAUUGUAUACAACGUACCAUCUAGAACAAGUCAAGAUAUUCCUCCUCAGGUGAUGCAUUCUCUAGCACAGAGUACUAACUUUGCUGGUGUUAAAGAAUGUGUAGGUCACGAAAGAAUUAAGCAAUACACAGAUAAUAAGAUUGUGGUUUGGAGUGGAAAUGAUGAUCAGUGCCAUGAUUCUCGGUGGUUAUAUGGGGCUACUGGAGUUGUAUCUGUUACUAGUAACUUAAUUCCUGGCUUAAUUGGGCAACUAAUGUUCAAAGGGAAGAAUUCAUCACUUAAUGCCAAGCUUAUGCCUUUAAUCGAGUGGCUUUUUCAGGAGCCGAACCCUAUUGGCUUGAAUACAGCUUUAGCUCAACUUGGAGUAGCAAGGCCAGUAUUCCGCCUUCCCUAUGUACCUCUUCCGCUGGAAAAGAGAAUUGAAUUUGUUCGUAUAGUGAAGGAAAUUGGGCGAGAGAACUUUGUUGGUGACAAAGAUGUCCAGGUCCUUGAUGAUGAUGAUUUUAUCUUGCUGGGUCGGUACUAAACUCUUUGAUGUUUGUAGCAGUGCAUUGUUGGUAGAAUCAGGAAAUGUGUGUGGAAAUGCGGUUUUAGGAAUAUCAGCAUUCUGUUUCUUCUUUCUGCUUGUUUCAGAGUUUGCUUCACUACGCUGUUAAUGGUUUUUCUGUAACUUAUGUAAUGAGUGUCAGAAUGGUAGGGGUAGAUACCAAAGUUUUGUUCUUUAUAUUUGACUAAUUUACGAGAUUUUGGCCUUUGCGCUUCACUGCUCCCUUCAACUUAUUCCAUCCCUUGGGUCUGUGGGCAUGUACAACAGCACAAGCGCUGAAUUCCUCCUAUGCUAAUAAGAUAUUGCUGCAAGGAUACCAGUAUGUCUUCUCUUA